CAUGGAUUGUAAAUUUGAUAUUGUAGGUUGAGUAGAAGAUAUAGUUGAAAACUUGUCCAGGUUUGUGAAAUUUUGGGUAGCCCAUUUUAGGGGAGGUUCUGCCGAAUUUUCGGUAGGAUUUCGCUUAUAGUGGGCCCCGCAGGCUCGUAUCCAGGUAAGUGGGGCGAUUCCUGGGUCGGGUCCUGUCAGAAUGCCUCUUCCAGAUGCACCUCGUGAGGAACCAAACGCCACACCUGUCCUGGCACAGAUAGCACCUGACCCAAUUCCUAGCGAGGUGGUUCAAGAACCCGUGCCGAUAGCAACCCUUCACGAGCCUCCGGCUGUAGAGAAUCUUGGUCCUGUAGGGGAAGUAGCUGUCGCUGUGGAAGUACUUGGCGCCAAUCCCGCUGACCCAGCUGGUGAAGAUGUAGCUAACCAAGAGCCGGCCCCCCAUGCUCCUGAAGCAGGAAAAAGGGUGAAUGUCGAGCCGGUGCUGGAAACGGUUCCUGUUGUGGAGCCUCUUGAAGCUCCUGCUGCUGCUGCCCCAAAUCCACUGCCUGUGCCUCCUUCCAGACUGGAAAGGCUAGCUCGUGUACUUGAUGUGACUCCUCCUGGAGUUAUAGAUGAAGCUAGGGACGGACUUCACCAUCUUUUGAGUCCCGAUAUCCUGCUGCCUGGCGCAUUCGUUAGGGCUCUAGUGUAUUUGAGGGUUCUUCGUCGCAAGCAAGCCAUCACUGAGAACGAGUUCAUUGAGAUAGACGAACUGCUACAGAAUCUCCCCAAGUGGCUUAAUGAAAGAGUGGCCGCGACUGCGCAAGCCAGACAAGCCCAGGCCCACUAUCAGGGCCUCGCUAAACAAAUGGACUCCACUAGUGACUUUCUAGGAGAUAGGGCUACCCUUGUUAGAGACUUGCGGCUCGUGCAAAAUCAUCUCCAGUCCCAAGUCCAAGUUCUUCAGGCCCAAUUGACUGCUGUGACGGCCCGGCUUGAGCAUGAGGAGCCCUUGCUGGAGCAACCCCUAGCAGCCUUUGAACUACUGUCUCAGAACCUAGCUCAAGCUCGCGAGGCGGUCAGACAGGCGGAGCGAGCCGCUGCCGAUGCCAGUUUUCGCUUGGACGAAUAUUUACUUCAUUUAACGCAUGCAGGCCGAAAACUUUAG